AUGUCCUCCUCGACCUCGCCCGAGCUCGCACCGUCGACCAAGCGCAGCGCCGACGACGCCACAAAAUCCUCAGACCAAGCUGCCUCGCCGUCGCCCUCGGCAAAGAAGCAGAGGCGAAGCGCUUCCCCCGCCCACAACGACGAAUUCGACGACCACGAUGAUGCCGGACUCGACGACGCACAGCUCCUCGCCGCCGUACAGGCUGCAGAGUCGGCCGCAGAGGCUGCCAGCAGCCAGCCCACCGCAUCGACAUCAAGCGCCCCUGCCAUUCCAUCCAGCCCGGCCACCCGCUCAUCGACGUCGGCCACCCGCUCGUCGACCACGUCGACGCCCAAGCAGACGCUCCUCUUUGGCGCCAAGCCGCCCUCGCAGCCCUCGCACCCGACCAUUGUCCCUCCCUCGGACCCCUCGGACCUCCUCUACGUCGAGCGCCAGACGAUGGGCCCGGAGUGGUUCCGCCAUCUCGAGGCAGAGCUGUCCAAGGACUACUUCACCAAGCUCAAGCAGUUCCUCCAGGCCGAGGAAAAGGCGGGGCGCAAGACGUUCCCGCCGCCGCACCUCGUCCACAGCUGGUCGCGCCUCACGCCCCUCGACAGCGUCAAGGUCGUCGUCGUCGGGCAGGACCCCUACCACGGGCCGGGCCAGGCGUGCGGCCUGAGCUUCUCGGUGCCCCGCGGCGUCGCCGCACCGCCCUCGCUGAAAAACAUCUACAAGGAGAUCCAGAACGAGUUCCCGGGCUUCAAGCCGCCCAACCACGGCUGCCUCGAGGAGUGGGCCAGGCAGGGCGUGCUCCUCCUCAACGCCUGCCUCACCGUAUCCGCGGGCAACGCUGGAUCCCACCACGGCCGCGGGUGGGAGAACCUCACAAAGGUCGUCCUCAAGACGAUUGCCGACAACGCCGCAAGGGGCGCCGGCAGGGCGGGCGCAGAUGCCGUCGCCAACAGCAAGAUUGCCACCAUGUUUGCAAAGGCGUCCAAGAAGCACAAUCAGCCCGCACCGGCGGAGAAAAACGAGGAUAAGCCGGCGGCUGAGGAGGAGGGCAAGGCCAAGGAGGGCAAGCAGAGCAACGGAGACCACGCGUGCAAGGGCGUCGUCUUCAUGGUAUGGGGCCAGCCGGCAGCAAAGACGCUCGCAGAGGCCGGCAUCACCGAUAAAUCGCCAAACGUCCUCAUCCUCCGCUCGCCCCACCCUUCGCCCCUCUCGGCCCACCGCGGCUUCCUCGGCAACGGCCACUUUGCAAAGGCCAACAAGUGGCUCGAGGCGCGCUACGGCGCCAGUGGCGGCAUCGAUUGGACCAGACUCUAG